AUGAAUUAAGUGUUUACUCAUACUUAACUAAUGCUUCAUAGUGUGUAGUUAUUAUAAAGUGCUACCGAAAAAUGGAGGGAACACCACAAAGACAGGAACACACAAGAUGCAGGGAAUCUAAAAAUAUAACCAGAAACAAACUAAACCAAGAUCAUGACAGAAUUUGGCCAAUAAAGCAGACUCUCCUUCUAAUUAGUGGGUUGACUGGUAUUUUAAUAGCUCCACUUGAGUGCUAACUUAAACAACUGACUCCACCUUCACCUACUCCUAUUCCAGCUGCCUUACAUACUUCUGUUCAUAACAGUAUAAAUAAGCAUUUCUUCAACAUGUCAUUCAUUAACUAACUGCCUCCUGUUGUCUUUGUCCCCAACCCUUCUCACUCUUUAACUUUUUAUUUCUUUAUGUCUGUUCCUGUCUAGACUCUUUGGUCUGAAGGACAUCAUCAUACCAGGAAACUGCUCCUCACCCUAUGACCUAAACCUUAAUGCUGAUCAUGAUUGGCCAGUUUACGUCAACCCAGGAAUACUGUUCCUCCUCUAUAUUACCAUAGCAACAGUUCUCAAGACAGGAUACCAUGGAACACCUAACCAGCAGGUUAAGGAGGAGCAGCAGAAGGAGAAAAUAGAAGAGGAGGAGAUGAUGGAGUUAAGGUCAUGGAAUCAACAGCAAAAUGAAUAUGAAGAUGACACACAGCUAAUACUGUCUAUGGGCACAGAAAGCAGCAGAGGAGGAACUAUGGCUGGAGAGAGUGAGCCAGAUCUGGGUGCUAGUGGCGCCCCCAGUGGCCCCCAACAGAGUGAAAGCCCGUUUUUCCUGCUGGGAAAGGUGGUCAUGCAGCAGAGCUAUGUCUGUGCUCUCAUAGCCAUGAUGGUUUGGAGCAUCACAUACCACAGCUGGCUGACCUUUGUGCUGCUGUUGUGGGCGUGUCUCAUCUGGAUGCUGCGUGCCAGACGACAUGCAGCCACAUUGUGCUCUCCAUUCAUCCUGCUUUAUGGCCUGGCUCUGUGCUGUCUGCAGUAUGUCUGGGCCAUGGAGCUCCAGCCUGAACUGCCCACCACUGUGGGCACCAUGAGUCUCAGACAACUGGGACUAGACAGAGCCCACCACCCCUGUUUGAGACUGGGAGCUAUGCUCCUGUUUACUUUGACCUUCUGGCUUUUAGUACGUCAGUCAGUGAAGGAAAACUUCAGCAGGAAGAGGAAAAUUACUACACCACUACAGGAGGUCACUACAGGAGAGGGGGCUGGUAAUGAGUCAGUGCUGAAGGUUUUAGGAGGCAUGGUGAUGAGCUGUUAUGCCAAAUACUGGAUCUAUGUGUGUGGAGGGAUGUUCAUCAUGGUCUCCUUUGCUGGAAAACUUGUUGGAUACAAAAUCAUCUACAUGCUGCUGUUCCUAAUCUGCCUCUGUCUCUAUCAGGUGUACUAUUCUCUGUGGAGACGUCUGUUGAAGCUCUUCUGGUGGCUUGUUGUAGCCUACACUAUGCUGGUGCUGAUAUCCAUCUACACUUACCAGUUUGAAGACUUCCCUGGAUACUGGAGAAACUUUACUGGUUUUACUGAAGAGCAGUUGGCAGCAAUUGGUCUGGAGACGUUUGCUCUGUCUGAACUCUUUAGCAGUAUUCUGAUCCCUGGCUUCUUCCUGUUGGCAUGUAUUCUGCAGCUGCACUACUUCCACAAGCCCUUCAUGAGAAUCACUGACCUGGAGCAUGUUACACCGAUACACAAGAAGAAACACAGUGAGAGGACUGAGCAGAUUGACUCUGGUAAUGUGGGAAUGAACUUUGAAGAGGAAGACGUGGUGACUAACAUUGAUGAGGAAUCUGAAGACGAAGUGGAGUUGAUGCCCAGUAAGUGGGGUCUGGUGAUGGACAGGUUGUUGGUUCUGUCCAGAAGGUUCUCUGACAAUCUCACUAAAGUUCAAGUGUUUCUCUGGAGGCUUCUGGAGCUCCACAUCUUCAAGAUGGUGGCCUUCUUCUCUGUGUGGGUUUCACUUGAAGAGCCAUCUGUGAUGAACCUGGUCUUGGUGGUGUUGUGGUCUCUGGCGAUGCCCUACAGUCGCUUCGGGCCCAUGGCUUCCUGUCUGUCAACAGCCUGGGUGUGUGUCAUCAUCGUGUGUAAGAUGUUGUACCAGCUCAGUGUUGUCAACCCUGUUGAGUACUCCAGUAACUGUAGCCUGCCUUUAACAAAUGAAACCAACCUGCUAACAGAAGAGAUGAUAAACUCCUCUCUGUAUAAGGAGCCAGUAGACCCAGCCAAAUGGUUUGGCAUCAGGAAAGAUGCCACAGUACUGGGAUACAGCAAGAAUCAUUUAAUAGUGCUGAUGUUGUUGGUGUUUGAGGCGACAGUGUAUCGUCACCAGUCUCACCACUACCGUCAGCUCCAACGAUCUCCCCCCACCAUCCUUGCUCUGUUCCCUGCUGCCACCAGGGACACUUUACACCAGGGCCUCAUACCCUGCUUCAAGUACCUGCUCAACUACACCUUCUACAAGUUUGGAUUAGAGAUUUGCUUACUGAUGACGGUAAAUGUGAUUGGCCAGCGGAUGAACUUCUUGGUGAUAAUCCAUGGCUGUUGGUUGGUAGCCAUCUUGGUGAGGCGGCGGCGUGCAGCUAUUGCCAGGAUCUGGCCCAAAUAUUGUCUCUUUCUGUCCAUCUUCAUGAUCUACCAGUAUCUUCUGUGUGUGGGCAUACCGCCUGCUCUCUGUAUAGACUACCCAUGGCGGUGGAACACUCCAGUGUUGAUUAACUCAGCUCUCGUUAAAUGGAUCUUCCUGCCUGACUUCUACACUGUGCCGAACUCCAAAAACCUCAUAGCGGACUUUGUGCUGCUGAUGUGUGCAUCCCAGCAGUGGAAGGUGUUUGAGUGUGAGCACACAGAGGAGUGGAUGGUUCUUGCAGGAGAGAACACAGAUGACCCUGAACCAAUGGAAGGUCGACUAUUUAACCCUGCACCCAAUUUCAUCAACUGCAGGAGUUACCUGGACAUGGCUAAAGUUUUGGUGUUUCGUCACCUCUUCUGGUUUGUGCUGUCAGUGGUCUUCAUCACCGGCGCCACGAGGAUCUCUGUGUUUGGAUUGGGCUACCUGCUCGCUUGCUUCUUUUUCCUGCUGUUUGGGACCAGGCUUUUGGUCAAAUCAUCCAGAACCCGCCUUGCCCUGUGGGACUGUCUCAUCAUCUACAACGUGGCAGUCAUUGUAUCUAAAAAUAUGUUAUCUAUCCUGGCAUGUGUGUUUGUGUUUGAGAUGCAGAAGGGCUUCUGUUGGGUGAUUCAACUCUUCAGCCUGGUUUGCACGGUCAAAGGAUACUAUGACCCAAAAGCAGUGAGUGACAAGACCUGCAGCCUCCCAGUAGAAGAGGCUGGGAUCAUCUGGGACGGUAUCUGUUUUCUCUGCCUGUUGCUGCAGAGGAGGGUCUUCCUCAGUUUCUACUUCCUGCAUGUGAUGGCAGAGCUGCAGGCUUCUGCCAAACAGGCCUCGAGGGGGUUUGAACUCUUCAGAGCCAGUAUCGUGAAAAACAUUAAGUUCCACCAACAAAUUGAGAGGAAAUCUCUGUCACAGCUCAAGAGAUCGAUGCAGAGAAUUCGCUCGAAGCAGCAGAAGUACAGGGAUGGACACAAAACAAAUGAAGAUUCUAACGAGAGUCAGAAUGCUGAGACCCAGACAGACAAGAAGAGUUCCAGGAAGAAAAAUUGGUCCCAGCCGUGGCUGGACCAUGCUACAGUGCUCCACUCAGGAGAGUACUACCUGUUUGAAUCAGACAGUGAGGAUGAAGAGGACUCUGAAGAACAGAAGCCUCAAAAACAGACUGCCUGUGAGUUGGCGUACCUGGCAUGGGUGACCAGUGUGAAAACAGCUUUGAAAGAACGUCAGAGACACCAACGACAGUUGAGGAGGAUUGAGAGAAAAGAGAAAGAGACAGAAGGAAGAGUGGAUUCACAACAGGAGGCUUUUUCUGCCAUUGGUUGUGGGGACGAUGAUGCGUUUGAGUACCCUGGCCUUCAGGAAGAGGAACCAGAGGAAAAGGAGUCCAGUCAUGGUGAAAUGGUUCAGAGGAUCUUGGAUAUCCUGCGCUUCUUAUUGGCAAGAGUUCUGGCCAUGGUGGAUGGAUUGACUCAGUGGCUCAACCUGCUGACUAAACAGUACAGAGAGACAUCUACUGUUCUGUGCAAUGAACGCUACUUCAUCAUACACAAGAUACAACAGCAUACAACAGCAGACUCCACAGAUGACCAGGUAUCUCAGGGCAGUGAGAGUCCCACACUGGAGACUUGUUUGGACGAGACUGAUGCAGAUUCCACCAGACACAGUUGCCUCGACGUGGAUAGCAGGGGUGUAACAGACCGGUCUACCCCCAGGCCAAAGCUCAACAGCAUUGGGAACCUCUUGAGUCCAGAACUCCCAUCCAGUAGCAUGGAGCUUGUACCAGCGCUAUCCAAACAACAACAUAGACACUCUAGAACAGCCAGCGAGCUGCUGGGAGAAAGGCAGUUCUUCAUUGAGGAGCUAGAACAGAGCAGAGAGUUCUAUAACAACCAGAGCCGUCUGCUGAAGCUACUGUUUGCCAUGCACAACCUGCUGGCAGCCAAUUCAGAACUAGUCUGCUAUUUUAUCAUAGUGUUAAACAACGCGGUCAGUGCCUCUGUGAUAUCACUGUUCCUCCCCAUACUUGUGUUCCUAUGGGCUAUGUUGGCUGUUCCAAGACCAACCAAGAAGUUUUGGAUGACUGCUAUAGUCUACACAGAGGUGAUGGUGGUGGUGAAAUACCUUUUCCAGUUUGGAUUUUUUCCUUGGAACAGUGUUUAUGAGAUGACUUUAAAUAAAGACAAACCUUUCUUCCCACCUCGCAUCCUGGGCCUGGAGAAGACUGACAACUACAUCAGAUAUGAUCUUCUUCAACUACUGGCUCUGUUCUUCCACAGAUCCCUUCUCAUGCGUUAUGGCCUGUGGGACCAUGAGGGCCCCCUGGAGGAGCAGAGCCCCUCACCAGAAAGUUGUAAGGAUGAAGGAAAAAAUAGAGAAGGAGAUGAAGAUGGAAGGAAGAAGGAUGGUAGAGAAGAAGAGGAGGAGGGCAGAGUCAGCUCAACAUCCACUGAACUGGACCAACUUCAAAAGGAUAAUGUGGACUAUGUUGAACCAAGUACCAGCUCUGCUGCUGUUACCACACAACCUCCUGCAACUGAACCAACACCCAGUGGGUCAAAGGAUGGGCAUGAAACUCCAUCUGGGCUAAAGGACAGGUUGAAUCCUCCCAGCAGUCCGAGGGAGAAUAAGAUGUUGGGAGACAAUGAGCAGGUGAUAAAGGAAGUCCCAAAGAAAAGCAACAGUAUUCGCUUCCGCAAGAAACCUAAAAAAGCCAAAGAACAACUCAGCAAAGUGGAGCCCACAGUUGAGACUGCAGAUCCCUGUGAAGCAGAACCAGUGAAGGAGAAGCAGAAAGGCAAUAGGAGAGAGGCAGCCAGUCAAAGAUUGCUGGCUGCGGGAUACAAGAUAAAACAAGUCUUGCUCUCUGGUAUUCAGAGUGUUUACAGGCCAACGCAGGGAUUCUUCAGGGGUAUUCUCCAUGCUGAGUAUCGGGCUGCCACAGAUGUCUAUGCUCUCAUGUUUCUGACUGAUGUUGUUGACUUCAUCAUCAUAGUCUUUGGCUUUUGGGCAUUUGGGAAACACAGUGCAGCAGCUGAUAUAGCCUCCACCCUGUCAGAAGACCAGGUUCCUGAGGCCUUCCUGGUGAUGCUGCUCCUUCAGUUCAGCACCAUGAUCAUCGACAGAGCCUUGUACCUGCGCAAGGCUGUCUUGGGAAAACUCAUCUUCCAGGUGAUUCUUGUGUUUGGGAUCCACCUGUGGAUGUUCUUCAUCUUGCCUGCUGUGACUGAAAGGAAGUUCAAUCAGAAUUUUGUGGCCCAGCUCUGGUACUUUGUCAAGUGUAUUUACUUCGGCCUGUCAGCCUAUCAGAUCCGCUGUGGAUACCCCACUCGUAUCCUUGGCAACAUCCUCACCAAGAAAUACAACCACCUCAACCUGUUUCUCUUCCAAGGGUUCCGUUUGGUGCCAUUCUUGGUGGAGCUGCGAGCAGUGAUGGAUUGGGUUUGGACUGACACCACCCUGUCUCUGCCAAACUGGAUGUGUGUGGAGGACAUUUAUGCCAACAUCUUCAUCAUUAAAUGCAGCCGUGAGACAGAGAAGAAAUACCCACAGCCCAAAGGACAGAAGAAGAAGAAGAUAGUGAAAUAUGGCAUGGGUGGACUCAUCAUCUUCUUCUUGAUCUGCAUCAUCUGGUUCCCCCUUCUCUUCAUUUCAUUGGUCAGAUCAGUUGUGGGUGUGGUCAACCACCCCAUUGAUGUCACCGUGACUGUCAAGCUGGGAGGAUAUGAGUCCCUAUUUACCAUGAGUGUGCAGCAGCAGUCCAUCCAGCCCUUUACACAGGCUGAAUAUGACCAACUCACCAAAGAAUUUGGAGACAAUGCGAAAGCCAUGCAGUUCAUCACUCUCUACAGUUAUGAGGAUAUCGUGACGGCCAUGAUUGAAGGAAGUUCAGGAUCCGUAUGGAGGAUCAGCCCUCCCAGCAGACAGGAAGUCAUUAAAGAACUACUUGCAAGUCCUGUUGACCUAACACUACGCCUGGCCUGGACUUUCCAGAGGGACUUAGGUAAAGGAGGGACGGUUGAACACACAUUUGACAAACACUCUAUAGCCCUGGAACCUGGAAACCCAGUCCGAGCAGAUCUGGCCUCACUACUGGUUGGCAAUCGCACCAAGCCUGUGCAUGUUCCCAAUAUACUCCCGAACUACAUCCGUGCCCCCAAUGGAGCUGAAGCCAAACCAGUCAAUCAACUAUAUAAAGGUAAUGAAGAUGGUUACCUGAAUAUAACCCUGUCCCUGAAGAGUGACAGGUCACUGAAUGGCAGUGGGAACCAGGAGUGGUGGGACAUUGCCAUUGCAGGUUGUGCAUCCUCCUCAUGUGGGGUUUUACCCAUAGUCAUAUUCAAUGACAAAGUCAGUCCACCCAGCCUGGGUUUUCUGGCUGGAUAUGGGAUCAUGGGUCUUUAUGUGUCUGUGGUCUUAGUCAUUGGGAAGUUUGUGCGUGGCUUCUUCAGUGAGAUCUCCCAUUCCAUCAUGUUUGAGGAGCUGCCCUGUGUGGACCGCAUUCUGAAGCUCUGCACAGACAUCUUUCUCGUGCGUGAGACAGGAGAGCUGGAGCUAGAAGAGGAACUUUACUGCAAACUGAUCUUCCUCUAUCGAUCUCCAGAGACUAUGAUCAAAUGGACCAGGGACAUGCACAGCCGAGACCAUGACAGAUACUGACUGACUGCCACCAGGUGACAUUAUGUUUGGUUGUAAUACCAUACAGUGAUAUCUGAAGCACAUUGUAAAGAUGUCCAGAGGACAGCCCAAGGGGGGCUUCUUGAGAACACUCCUUACCAGACUGGACAUUGUUUUACAGAGACACACAAAAAGAGAUGUACACAAAUAGACGUACUGUAUGAAACAUCUCCUGUUGCUAGACACCUGUUGCUGUUCUUCACAGCUGCUUGAGCACUUUCAUGAAACUACCUUACUCUACAGACUACUGAAAGUGUAAUUGCAGUUCCACUGUGGAAUGGAUGGAUAGCAGCUGGAUGUCUGUCCUGCAGGAUUUGGACACUUCAUUCCUGACCCACGUGGAGUGACUAUGGCUAAAACCUGAAAUUAAUUGUAGGUUGAACCAUCUGCAAUCACUGUCUUGGUAAGGCGAUUGAUUUGAUAAAAUAUCAAUGCUGUCAACCAUACUUAAGUCCUUAACACACCAGUGGUGUUUUUUUUUUUUUAAGCCAAUAUUUUUUUUUAAAUUGUUUUCGUCAUGAGUACUUCCACACAGAACGUGAAUAUUACGUUGCUAAAAAGCGCAGCAGGUUUUGUUUCCGUAACGAGGCUGAUUUCUCUGAUGAUUUCACAUGAUGAAAUAUUUUUUAAAUCAUUAAUUUUUGUAAAAGCAACAUGUGUGCAGUUGCCAUGUUCGUUUGAUUUUACACCAUGAACCGAUGCUUGACAGAACAGGUCUGAUUUAGAGGGCCAUUUUAGGUUUUAUUUCCCUUGUCAGACAGGAGUUUGGACUAAUCAAAAGCAGCUCUUUCAGUUCCCAGACAUCUCAGGCAAAGGAAUGAAACUAUAUGUGGCAUAAACACUAAACUUCCAAGUUAAAAAAUAGUUUGUCACUAUUAUGUUGGUUAACAGACGUGGUGAUCUUAAAAACUCUUGAAGAAAUCAUACUAAUUGUCUUAAGAGAAAACACAACCAAAUACAGAAAGCUCACAUGACAACAUAAACUGUUUCCAGGGGACAGUAAAACAUAAUGCAUACGACUGAGAUGCGUUUAUUGUUGCCAUCGUUUUUGGCUGUUGAAGUUAUUUGACUCAGUUAUCCUUCAGUGGUGUUUAAAAUGUAGUUACUUUGUUUUGGAUUUUUUUUUUUUUAUGUGAUCAUAUAAUUCAGAUAUUAUUUCAGAUGUCUGCUGCACAGAGGAGGCUACUCUCUGUAACAAGUGAAGAUGCUAAACUGUGUGAAGAAACAUUCUUUGUAGCUAAUGUUGAUUUAGAGAUUUGAUACUGUGGCUGGAAGGAGAAUCCUUUCACAAGGAAAAAAGCUUGGGAACUGGAUCAACACUGUGUGGCAGAAACUGGCUGAGGAAACUGAGGCUAAACUGGCAGCAGAUAAAGUAUCUGAGACAAAGCGUAGGCGCUUAGUAAGGUUCUGGAUAAAUACUCAGAGGUGGUCAGAGAGGAGUUAGGAACUUUUAAAGACAUUAAAGCCUCAAUCAGAGUUAAACUUGAUGUACCUCCAAAAGUUUGAAAACACAGAUCUCUCACAUUUGCUAUGAAAGACAGAGGAGAGGCGAAGCUCAGGAAGCUGGAAGCUAACAUUAUACCUCCAGUUAAGCACAGUGAAUGGGAACGGUUGAGAAAAGGGACAUGUAAUUCAGCCUAUGUGGUGAUUAUAGUGUCGGCAAAUCUAACAGUUGAAACGGAAACCUACCCUUUGCCUCAAUUUGAGGUUUUUAGCAACCCUUGGUAGCGGUAAGGUCCUCUCUAAGAUAGACUUUCCAUGCAGUUUAACAGCAGGUGUUGCUGGAUGAUGACUCCAAAAAAUACACUACCAUCAACAGCCACCGGGGAUUGCCAGUGGAUUAUGGAAAAUUUGAUGAAAGACUUACCAGUGGUAAUGACCUGCUCAUUAUGGGACCCUCAGAGUAGGAAUAUCUCCACAAACUUCAGGAGGUUCUACAACAGCUUCAGAAAAAUGGACUACGAGCCUCCCAAUACUGUCCCCAGCUAAAAAAAUGGAGAAGGAAGCUCUUGGACUGAUAUUUUGUGUAAAGAAAUUCCACCAGUAUCUGUGGGGUAGGCACUUAAACGUAGUUACUGAUCAUCGCCCCCGAUGACACUGGCCACUGCAUACAUUAAGUGGUGUGCAAUUAUAUUGUCAGUGUAUGACACACAUUGUCUAUAACAAGUCAGAAGAGCAAAGUAAUGCUGAUGGACCUUCCUGCUGUCCUUUGCCUGUGACCAGCUACACAGGAACUGCCUGGACUUCAGCUUUAGUCCACUUAAUGCAGGCAGCGCAUUUACAAGGUGCAGCACUAAAUGUCGCACAAGUUGCAAGGACAACAUGCACCAACAGUGAGAUAUACUAAGUGUACUGUUAUGUCAUGGAAGUUUGGCUUGUUUUUUCAUGAGGAGAAAUGAGCUGUCCACAGAGCUAGGUUGUGUUGAGCAUGUUAAAAGAGAUGUAUUCUGGGCACCAAGGCACAGUGAAAACUAAAUAAUUUGCUCGCAAGUUUGUAAGGUGGCCAAACCUUGACUGAUGUGUAGAAAAUUUGCAAGGAAUGUGAAACAUUCCCCGUGGACCAAAGAGUGCCUCAGCAGGUUCCACGACUACACCAAUGGGAGUUACCGGGUGAGUCCUGCAAGAGACCUCAUAUAGACUGCAGACCCUUCUUGAACAACAUGGUGAUGGUUGAUUCAUACACUAAGUGAUUGUAAGUGUUUCGCAUGUCACAAAGCACCUCACAAGCUACCAUUACAAGGAUGAGUAGACUGUUUACCGCUUAUGGUCUGCUUGAACCAACAGCGACACGCACAUCUGAGGACUUUUGACAAGCAGAAUGGAAUUCUGCACACCACGAGAUAUCUAUCAACAAAUGUUCUGGCAGAGAGAUAUGUCCAGACAUUCAAGGCAGGAAUGAAAAAGCUAGCUAAACAUGAAUAUUGAGGACAAGACUACAUUUAUUUACACAACUGGACAGUCCCCAGCAGACAUAUAAUGUAAUUGUAUGGUUGUAAUGCACAUUACUUGACCUCUGCAAACAAGGUCCUGAUCAAGGUGUUGUAUGCACAUGUGCAUCGAUACACUACGAGAGUUAUGGCCAAAUAAAUUGAAUGAAUUCUGCGUCCACCUCAUCAAUACACUCUAGACUGAUAUUCUGAAAUGGUGCUUAACUGUUUGUGUGCAGAGAUUGUUUAAAACUAAAAUGUAAAAGAGUGGAUAGUCUCAGAGUAACAUGUGCAACAGUUGAGUGGAGAGUCUGCUUUGAACCCAGAGAGAGUGAAGUUGGGUGUACACUGUCUUGCCAUAUUGGUGUUGAUUAAUUAAAGAAGAUUAUUCAAAGUCAAUUCAAAUCAAAAUUCAAUUUAUUUUGUAUACCAAAUCACAAAUUUGCUUCAGAGGGCUUAAUAUAAAUAAAUGAACUGUAUGUAUAUAUAUAAAUAAAAAAAUUUUAAUGAUAGAAUUAUGGUAAUUUAACUUGCUUAUCCCUUAUUAUGGGUUCUGAAAGAAACACAAUGUUAGCCCUAAAGCAGCUACGCUACACUUAUAGCACAAUUACAAGUUUAUUCUCUACAGAUUAUUUGAAUUAGUAGACUAAUGAUAAUAAAGGCUAACCUAAUUUCA